AUGGCCUCCUCGUCAAGCAAGCCAAUGAUGGAUGCGUCGACAUCAACAGCUUCGGCAGGGCCUCGUGUCUAUGGAUUGCAGCAGCUAUUUCCAGAGCCUGACGACGAAGCUGCCACCAGUCUGAAGGAGGUCGACAUCGUUGUUAUUCAUGGUCUGGGUGCUCGAUCAUCAGACACCUGGAUUGCCUGGAAAGUCGACGGCGACAGGCAUUCUGGAGACGUCAACUGGCUCAGCGAUCCCGACAUGCUGCCGUCCAGUAUGCCCACCGCGAGAAUAUUGGCCUAUGACUGGAAUGCGGACUAUGACAAGGGCGCUUCCAGCGACAUUUUCCUGGGUCAUGCGGACGCCUUCCUUACCGCAUUCACGUGGAUCGCAGUCGACGUGUGGUCGAAGCUGCACUCUCCCGUUAUCUUCAUCGCCUCUUGCUUCGGUGGCUUGUUGUUAGCAAAGGCUCUUGUCAGAGCCACCGAACAAUCGCAUCCUAGGAGGGAACGGAACCGACAGACGCUCAACUCGGUCAUCGGUCUCAUAUUUCUCGGUACGCCGUUCGUAUCCAGUUGGGAGAUGGGGAGGAAGGCCGCCGAAAUGCGACUCAAAGCGGCGCGUCUUGCCGCCGCAGAAGAAGGAAUUCAGUAUUCCACCGAGCUCGUCUCCUACCUGGCGCCUACCACUCCCGACGUCCCAAGUCCUUUGGAUGAAUUGGUGCAGCGGUUUCGCGAGAUGGUUGCCCAUUCGGAUUUCAAAAUCCCCGUCGUUUGCUUUUACGAAACAAGACAUACCAACUUCUCUGCUUACAAGUCCAGAUUGCCAAAGAGCGAUGGACCAACAGAAUUUGAUGGCCCGGGGAGUGGUAUUGUUGUUGGCCGCGAGUCGGCCAGCCUCGCAGGUGCCGAUUGCAUCUCUCUGGAUGUUAGACAUAGCAUGUUGCACAAAUUCAACAGCCCCGAGAACGAUGGUUUCCGAAGGCUGGCUGAAAGGCUAGCCUACUUUGUUUCAAAUGCCCAUAACAUUCUAAAGAGUGGAGAGACGUUACCCUUCAAAGACCUGACAGGCCAAACAGGUGAUAUUAUAAAAGCCGCGUCUGAAGUCGUUGCCUUUGCCAACAUGACUCGUCGAUGCACCGAACUAAAUCAAGUCCGCGUGGUCUCGAGAACGGCUGACUGGCUCCCUGAUACCGACGAAUUCAAAGCCUGGGAGUCACAGGCUCUGCGAGGGAGUCCUUUACCUCUUCUGGUGAUAGAGGGCAAAGCAGGAUUGGGCAAAUCAAUCAUAAUGCACACGACCUUCGUCCACGCUCGAUCACGCGCCUCACUUGGCAAAGACAUCUACAUCCUCUAUUGCUUCGACGCAAGCAACGGCAGUCCAUUGCAAAACUCCCAACAGGGCCUCUACCGUUCUAUUCUUUGUCAGAUUCUUGAUCAAAUCACCCCUUCUGUGAUGACAUCCCACCACGUCCGAGGUUGGAACGAAACCAAAAGCGCACACCAGGACAUCGUCACGCUGAAAGACAGGAUUCUGUGGCUUUUGAGCCAAUCAGGAGCCGAAAUUGUCAAUAUUUACGUUGACGCCCUUGACGAAUGCAUUGAAGACAAAGACGAAACAAGCGCGGCUCUUGAGAUUCUCGAAUUCUUCAAGGCCAUGGGGGAGACAGGUGCUCCGCUUCGGGUUUGUCUGUCGAUCCGUGAUGGAAAACGAUUCGGGUUGAAACCCCCCGGGACUUUGGAAUUUCGUACGGCCCUCGUCCACAACCUGUUAAGCCGCCCCUCGAACAUGUUUCAAUGGGUUGUACUGGUUGUCCGACGCAUCGACGAGAUGACAAACCGGGGGGCUUCAGAGGAGGAAGUCAUGACAGAAGUCGGCCGUCUACCGAAAGAGUUGGAGGCCCUCUAUGAGUCAUUUCUAAUGCGAAUAGAUCCUGAAAAACGCGGUGAGGCAAUGACAUUGCUUCAACUGGUCCAAGUUGCCAUGAGACCUCUCAAGGUGUCAGAAAUAAUGUCGGCGCUAGAAUAUGCCAACGGCACCGAUGACGGACGCAAAGAGUACAGUCCCAUGUCUCCGCAACAGCUGGCCGAUAGAGUUCAGUAUCUUUGUCAAGGCCUCGUUGAGACCCAGGCCAAAGUCGACACAGAGUACACGUACGAGGAAGAGGUGCUGGUGCAGCUCACGCACCAAUCCGUGAGAGAGUUUCUAGAACAGAGAAAGCAGUUGGACAUCAAUUUGCCACUGCAGUCAGUUACUCAAUCUCAUCUCAGAGUUGCGAGACUCUGCAUGCGCGCGGUAAAGCUAGAUGAUGCCAAUUCGUCGUUUUUGUCGUAUGCAUCCCAGUUCUGGACCAUGCAUGCUCGGAAAGGUGACGAAGCCAUCGACGACAGCUUUGCGCCGCCCUCUUUCGUCACAAAAUGCGGUCGUCGCAGCAUUAUUGAGCAGUGGAAGAGGUGCGUUGUUAAGCAAACGCGGAUCACCUUUCUGGAAAACAAGGAAGAUUUCCCCAACACUAGAAUGCUGAGAGCCGGGGAGGAGAGCCUACUCAUACUGCUCGCCUUUGAAGGCUGCAAGGGGCUUAUGAUUAGACACUGUCGUGAUUGCAGGAAGGGUCCCGAUUGUCACGGAAAUCCCUCUGUGCUUGAAGCCGCCAUAUUUCUCGCGGCAUUUCGAGGCUGGUCAGAGGUAGCCAAAGCGAUCGGGCAUCUCGCGGAACAAAGCUCGGUGAAGAUUGACAUUAACAAAGCUUAUCCACACAGAUCACAAACUCCUCUGUUUAUAGCAACCUUUUUUGGUCACGAUGAUGUCGUCCGGGCACUCUUGGGCAUGGGGUGUGAGAUUGUGGACAAAACGAACAAUCCCCCCCAGCAUCCGUUUCACACCGCAGUAGAACAUGGCUAUAUUCAUAUUGUCCGUUUGUUCCUCGAACAUGCUGGGCACGACGUCGAAUCUUUACUUGCUACUCAAGAUCCGUGGGGUUACACACCUUUCCACCGAGCGGCCGAGUCAGGCAGAUGGCGAGUGUUUGAAGAGCUUCUAGACGCGCUUCUGGAGUGCGUGCAAACUCCAAGCGAAAUCCUAAACGUCAAGUCGGUCGCGUCAAUGACCGCUCUUGACUUGGCAGCAGCUGGCAGAGAGCAGAGACUGCAAAGGCCCCGGAGAGGCAUCAGCGUGCAAGACUACGACUGCAUCAUUGCAGAGUUGGAAAUACAUGGACGCAGAUCCUCGUAAAAGAUGGGCCUGUUCGUGCAACGCUUUGAGACUUUUCAUGUACGGGCCUUUGUGCCUUGUUAGACUGUACACAAUCCGACAACCUUUCUCCUGAACAUCCAUCAAUUUCGCG